AUGCCGGCCGGGUUUCAGCAACUCGGAGGGGAGACAGUGACUGGAACCCUUGCUCUCUCGGUCUUCACUGCUGUGCUGGGAUCUCUGGAGUUUGGCUACAACAUCGGUGUCAUCAACGCUCCUCAAAAGAUCAUAGAGCAGGACUACAACGCCACAUGGAUUCACCGUUAUGGAAAGGAGAUCCCAGCGGGGACGCUCACCUCCCUGUGGUCGCUGUCUGUGGCCAUCUUCUCCAUCGGAGGCAUGCUCUCCUCCUUCUGCGUGGGCUUCAUCUCCGAGUGGCUGGGCAGGAGGAAAGCCAUGCUCAUCAACAACUUGCUCGCCUUUAUCGGUGGAGGUCUGAUGGGAAUGUCCAAGAUCAGCCGGUCCUUCGAAAUGCUGAUCCUGGGACGCUUCGUCAUCGGUGCCUACUGUGGGCUGGCAUCGGGCCUGACACCCAUGUAUGUGGGUGAGAUUGCUCCCACCAGUCUGCGAGGUGCGCUGGGCACCCUGCACCAGCUGGCCAUAGUCACCGGCAUACUCUUGGCACAGGUCCUGGGUCUGGAGUCCUUACUGGGCAGUGAGGAGCUGUGGCCCGUCCUGCUGGGGGUAACCGUCUUGCCCACCGUGCUUCAGAUGGCGCUGCUGCCCUUCUGCCCCGAGAGCCCGCGAUUCCUCUACAUCAUCCGCUGCCAGGAGCACCACGCCAAGAGCGGCCUGAGGCGGCUGACGGGCAGGCAGGAGGUGGGCGACAUGCUGGCAGAGAUGAAGGAGGAGAAGAGGAGGAUGGACAUGGAGAGAAAGGUUUCCAUCGCGGAGCUCUUCCGCUCGCCGCUCUACAGACAGCCCAUAAUCAUCGCCAUCCUGCUGCAGCUCUCCCAGCAGCUGUCCGGGAUCAACGCUAUAUUCUACUACUCCACCAGUAUCUUCAUAAAGGCGGGAGUCCAGAGUCCAGUCUAUGCCACCAUAGGAGCCGGCGUAGUAAACUGUGCCUUCACUGUGGUCUCGCUGUUCCUGGUGGAGAGGAUGGGUCGGCGGACGCUCCACAUGCUGGGUCUGGGAGGGAUGUCCAUCUGUGCCAUCGUCAUGACAGUAGCUCUCGCCACACUGGAAAGUGUUCCUUCGAUGAGCUACCUCAGCAUGCUGGCCAUCUUUGGCUUCGUGGCCUUCUUCGAGGUGGGCCCAGGCCCCAUCCCCUGGUUCUUUGUGGCUGAGCUGUUCUCUCAGGGUCCAAGGCCGGCCGCCAUGGCUGUGGCCGGCUUCUCCAACUGGACCGCCAACUUCAUCAUAGGCAUGGGCUUCCAAUAUGUUGCUGACCUCUGCGGGCCUUACGUCUUCCUGAUCUUCGCAGCACUCCUCCUCUUCUUCCUCAUCUUCACAUUCUUCAGGGUGCCAGAGACACGGGGCAAGACCUUUGACCAGAUCGCGGCCAACUUCCACCAGCACUCGGCAGGGGGGAUGAUGGACAUGGACAUGGACCUGGACCUGGGCAAGCCUAGCACUGAGCUGGACUACCUGGGGGAGGAAAGCAUCAACUGAGGGUCCCGGCCUGAGGGAGAGAAGGCUGGGAGAGAGAGGGAGAGAGGCAGAGAGAGAGAGAGAGAGAGAGAGAGAGAGAGAGAGAGAGGAAAGGAACUGGAUCCAGGCUUGGGGUGAACUGCAUAUUUGAUCCUGAUUCCAAACUGCUGUUUUUAUUUUCUGUGACAUGUAUAUUGAGGUCAGCUGUUAUAUUCACACAGAUGGGGGUCCCAGAGCAGGGUUUUAGAGAGCACAAAUAUUUGGAUGGAGGAUUGUUUUGGAAUCAGGUCUUUACUGGUACCAUGGCAACAAGACAGAAAUGAGUUAUGAAUUAAGCCGUGACAAAGCAUUUUUGGAGUGAGAGUCGGGGGGUAUAGUUUCAAGGCGUAUGCUGCGUGCGGCUGCACAAGCUUUGCACCGAUAAACUUGAAUAAGAAAGAGGUGUCUGGACUAUCGAGGCAUUAAAUGCCAGGAUGUACAUGUGGAAUAGUUUUAUUGUGUGGUGAUAAAUAAAAUGCAACAUUGACAGAUGGAGGUGGAGAGACUUUGGAAUCCAUGCACUUUAUCUACAAAGACAUCCAAAGUUUUAUUAACGGGGGUAAGACAGGAAAACAGCCAUGCGGGUGGGGGUGGGGGAGGGCGUGGGGGUCAGGGUGACUAUGCUUAUUUAGUAAGCUAGGUGAGUACUAUCAAGUAUUUUUCUGAUCAUGUUCAUGAAAAACUCAUUGCACAGCCUGCAGAAAUGCUACUUUGAUGAAGGGAAAUCAUAUAUUUUACUAUGUAAUGUAUAUAGUGUGCUGGUUUGAAAAUACAAGGGUAUGAGGGUUAAAAAGUUUCACUUCUUCACAUGCCCAGUGUACUCAAACAAGAUCUGCAAUAUCAAGAGCUUAUCUGUCAAGAGUAGAGCUUCUUGUAGAUCAUUUUUGUAUUUUCCAAGCCUCUCAUUUGUGUAUUUUUCUGGCAUCUGUCUCAUGUGUGUGUGCCGUUUGCUGUCCAUUCUUCAGUAGUGUAUAUCAUUGCCUUCUGAGGAUUUGUACUGAGAUUUGUCAAAGAGGACCUGUAAUUUGUAUAAAGAGUGAAUGCAAAUGAAGUGGUCGUGAUGUGACGGAAUACUGUUAUUGAAAUACAGCCAAAGCCUGUCAUGGCCCCUUUA